AAAAUCAAAAACCCAAUGCAUGUACAGACAUUGGCUGUUGCACUGGUUCAUCGUAAGACAGAAGCACCAGAUCUCUGCCCUCCUGUAUCUGCAAACUACUUUCUCUUCCAAUUGAGAUUUUGUGCAGCAAUGGGUUUCAGGUUCCAAAAUCUCAAUUCCAUUCACAAAACCCUCGUCUCAAGAAUUUCAAGUCACACCCACGGAACCCUUCUCCAAACCCCUAAUUUUCCAAACUCCACUACUCGAUCCUUCAAUCCUCAAUCAUAUGACCCUUCUUCAAUCUUUCCCCACAACCCCAUUUUUAGAGUCCCCAAAAGGUGGCAUUUUGGCCACUCCCACAACCACCAUGACCACCAGCACCACCACAGCAGCGAGGUUGGAGAGAGCAUUUUUCGGCUGGGUCUCUUUGCCGACAUCGGGUUGGUCACCGGGAAAGCUUUAACCGGCUAUUUAUCUGGCAGCACCGCCAUUAUCGCCGAUGCAGCGCAUUCUGCCUCCGAUGUGGUUCUUAGCGGUGUUGCAUUAUGGUCGUAUAAAGUUGCAAAGGCUCCUAAGGACAAAGAACACCCAUAUGGACAUGGUAAGUUUGAGACUCUUGGAGCCCUUGGUAUUUCUUGUAUGCUUUUGGCAACAGCUGGAGGUAUUGCAUGGCAUGCUGUAGAUGUUUUACUGGGCGUGCUCUCAGCAGCUCCUGAAGUAAUUAAUCAUUCAUUGGCACAUGAGCAUGUGCAUAGCCAUCACCAUAGUGGACAUCACCAUGGAAUCGACGUGGAUCAUCCUGUACUAGCUUUGAGUAUGACUGUCGUAUCUAUAGCUAUUAAAGAAGGGCUUUACUGGAUAACAAAAAGAGCUGGCGAAAGGCAAGGUAGUGGACUGAUGAUGGCAAAUGCAUGGCAUCAUCGUGUAGAUGCUAUUUCAUCUGUAGUUGCUCUCAUUGGGGUUGGAGGUUCCAUCCUUGGAGUUAAGUUUCUGGAUCCCCUUGCUGGACUAGUUGUCUCAGGCAUGAUCCUAAAAGCUGGACUUGGAACUGGGUACCAGAGUGUAAUGGAACUGGUGGAUGCUGCAGUUCCUGUGCAACAAUUGGAUCCUAUUAAAGAAACAAUUCUGCAAGUUGAUGGAGUCAAAGGAUGCCAUCGGUUAAGGGGAAGGAGGGCUGGUUCAUCUCUGUAUCUUGAUGUACACAUUGAGGUUGAUCCUUUUUCUAGUGUUAGUGCUGCACAUAAUGUUGGUGAAAAUGUUCGUCAUCAAAUUCAUAAGUCCCAUCCUGGAGUAUCUGAAGUUUUCAUACACAUUGAUCCUGCAAUUUCACAAAUUUCUCCCAGUAUAAUGGAGCAGCAAGAAAAUUUGAAAGAAAUGAAUUAUCAAAAGAGGAAUGUUUCCUCAGAGCAUAAUGGGGUUGAAAUUGUUUCAAAUGUUCUCUCUUCAAAGUUCUCAGAGAAAAUGGUUGUUGAGCGCAUAACACAGCACUUGUUGCAAGGCAACACUCUGCUCCAAGUUGAGGUUUCCAUGCCUCCUCAUAUUUUGAUUCGAGAUGCAAUGAGGGUGGCAGAAGAAGCAGAGGAAGAAAUUUUGAAAGUAGCCUCUGAUGUUAUUCGAGUCAGUAUUCUACUACGAUUGGGACAACCUAUUCCAGAGCUUCACCAAAGAUUACAAGAAUGCAACACAGAGAAAAGCCAGAAUACCCACCCAUAAUUGGAAAGUUUUGCAUCAUUUCCAGUUAGAGAAAGUUUUCCUUUUUGAUGCAGCUGUGCUAUAUGCAUUUAAAACUUUAUGCACAAUAGAGAUACUUUUACCAGCUAUAAGGAAGAGCUGUGUAGUUGCAGUUGAAACCCACUAAAAGGGCAGCAUAAUCUGAGGGCAAGAAAAGAAAUAAUGCUGUAGUUUGCCAAUAAAUUACUAUGCGGUAGUUGUAGUUGAAAUGCUAGAUAAAAUUGUGAAAAGUCAGUUUCCUAAAAUAUUGAUGUUCAUUUUUUCUCUAA